CGACAGUGUGGCUAGCGUUACAGAGACUAUUAAAUCAAUAACAGCUGUAAACUGACGCUAAUCUCCAUAAUAACGACGGACAACAGCUGCCGUUAGAUUAACUGACGACCAUCUCCUUUAGUUCAUAUUUGUCUAAUUUUCUCUCGGAUGUUGGAGUGUUUUCGCGGACACCCCACCACCUACAAACAGCAGGAAGACUCAGACACCAGCUGAUAUUGGAGGGUGUAGUUGAUCAUUAACAAGCAGCUCCAAUUUAUUUUGAACAGUGAUGCUGUCGGGUAGCACUUUACUUCCUUCUAGGAGACAGUGACUACCUGUCCACUGCUGUUUGGAACUCAACUAUGCACCCCCACCACAGCUCUCAGUCCAGACUGGACCAUCUCCCCUCUGAAGGUCCAGUGGGUCCUAGUCACCCCAGGUCACCCAGAUCUCUGGUGCGCGCGCCUGAUCAGUCAGCAUCAACAUAUAUGAGCUUCCCCAAGGAAUCUACACAGUCAUGUCCAUCCACAAGCCGAGACUGGCACUGUCCGGUCUGCCUGCAGACGGCCAGCUUCCCAGUCCAGACAAACUGUGGCCAUUUGUUCUGCGCUCCCUGUCUGAUCGCCUACUGGAGACAUGGGUCCUGGUUGGAUGCAAUCAGCUGCCCUCUCUGCAGACAGAAGGUCAGUGUGUUGUGUAAUCUAUUUAACGAGAGUCGAUCGGACCAGUCAAAGGAAGUUCUUGGGGAAAUCACAGACUACAACAAACGCUAUUCUGGAACCCCGCGAAGGGUAACGGAUUACCUGUGUGACGCACCCCUCCUCCUGCAGUUACUGGCCCGAGGCCUGGGCACCAUGGGAGGACUCGUGUGGCUGUUUUUCUUCAGAGUGGCCCUGUGCUGCGUGGGGACUGUGGUGUCCAUUUCCUCCCCUCCUCUUGCCCCUGUCUCCUCAUCAGGAAACCCCUUGGAGGCAGACUCCUCCCUCUGUGGACUGCUGGGGGUCCUGGAUGACCUCGUGGUGGUCAUCCUGCUCCUUAUCUGUGUCAUCAACAUUAACCAGCGAAUGGCACCAGAGAGUAGAGAACACUCAACACAUGCUACAACCCCACAAGGAGUAAUUGGGAGUUCACUGUAGACAGAUGCUGCUGGAGAGCAUCAGUACAAGCUGUUUGACAUGGACUUUCAUUGGAUUUUUUUUCCUUCUGGCUGAAGCUAGUUGGAUUAGUGGACGCAAACAUAUUGACAACAGCGUAACAUGCAACGGUUGAGAUGUUAGACGGCAUCUGAGCCUCUCAGACGGUUUGUCGAGUGUUUACAGAGACUAUGCAAGACUCUUAUCUAAAAUACAAUGCCAUGCAGUGUGCUGGUUCAGCUGCGGUCACAAAUCCUCAUUCCUUAAGUUCUUGAGGCCUAAAGUGCUUGUGGCUGGGAGCAAAAUAUUCAGCGUCAAUUUAAAAUUGCAAUUUGAUCCUUUAUAUUUUAAUCAUAAUCCAUUUUUUGCAUCUUUAGAAAGAAACUGGGGACUGCAGAUGUAAAUUAGCCUAGGGCUAACUCUGGUGUAAUGCAUCAAAUGUUUACAUUUAUGUUAUUAAUUGCACAUGGUCCCUUCUAAAUAAAAAUUAAUCAAUCAAAAAAAUGGUAAUGUUUUUUAAUCCUUUUCACCACUUUCUAUCUGCAAGCUCAACA